UCAGCGUUCUGUCCGCGAGACAACGACUGUGGUGGACAAAGUACACGUGUGUCUCUCAGACGGAGGAAACGGAUCAGCCAGUAGUACGUGAACUGUCGGGACGAUCGGAUCGAGAGAUCCUAUCUGUGUGUGAAUCGCGGCGUAAUCCAGCCAGCAGCACGUGACGAAAUUACACCGGCUACCAAGGGACCGUACACAUAGAUUACACAUCGAUCAUGAAAGGAUCUGUACUUUCGUUGACAGUGCUACUUGGCCUGGCGUGCGUGACGAUCGCGAUGCCGCGAAUUACUUACAAGUCCCUACGUACACAAAUACUCGAGUACGAAGAACGAAUGAUGUUAGGUGGCAGCCUGAGCCUGAACCACGACGAACGGGCGGCAAACGAUGUCCUGAUGCACGCCAAGAGGAAGGAACUGGAGCACGGCUUCAAGGAUCUCAAGAAAUUCGCUCCAGGUUGGAGCUUCCUCUCGGCGAAGAAGGACAUCGACAAGUCUAAAAUCUUCCACUUCCUGCGUCGGAUGCCGAAGGGUGCGGUGCUUCACGCACACGACACAUCCAUGGUUUCAACGGAUUACAUAUUCCAGAACAUCACGUACCGCGAUAAUCUGUACGUCUGCGAGAUCGACGGGACCGUCAAGCUUCAGUUCUUCGAGAAACCGCCGAACGAAACGUCCUGCCAUUGGGAGCUGCUGAAGGAUGUACGCAAGCAUCCGGACCGCGCGAAGAACGUUGACAAGAAAAUCAAGAACGGAAUGUCGAUGGUUUGCAGCGAUCCCAACGAAACCUAUCCGGACCUCACUAAAGCAUGGAAGAAAUUCAGUGACAUAUUCGGGUUCAUGAAACCCAUAGUCACUUUCCGACCUGUCUACGAAGAUCAUUUCUUGAGGGCACUCGAAGAAUUGUACGAGGACAAUGUGAUGUACCUAGAGCUGCGAUCUACUUUGCCCACUUUGUACGACUUCGACGGCACCAAAUACGGGCCGAAGAAUGUUGUCGGUAUCUACAAGAACCUUGCCGAUAGAUUCAAGAAGGAUCACCCAGACUUCGUCGGUGUGAAACUGAUCUACGCGCCUCAAAGAUUCGUCGAUCACAAACGAGCGGAAGAUUACAUCAAGAUUCUGAAAGAGCUGCAGGAGCUAUAUCCAGACUUCGUGGCAGGUUUCGAUCUAGUUGGGCAAGAGGACAAUGGGAAUACACUCGAGUACUUCGCGGAUAUGUUGGAGAAGAUCGAGCCAACUACGAAAUUCUUUUUCCAUGCGGGUGAGACGAAUUGGUAUGGCACGUCGACGGACGAGAACCUUGUCGACGCAAUUCUGAUGAACACACGACGUAUUGGUCACGGGUACGCGCUAACGUAUCAUCCCUUCCUACUUGAAAUGACGAAGCGAAUGGACAUCGCGAUAGAAGUGAACCCGAUUUCGAAUCAAGUUCUGAAGCUCGUCGACGACUUAAGGAACCAUGCCGCCAGACGACUGUUCGCCGAGGGGUAUCCAAUAGUCAUUUCGAACGAUGAUCCAGGAUUUUGGGGCGCGCGAGCUUUGAGCUACGACUUUUACGAAGCCUUUAUGGCACUCAUGUCCGAGCAUUCGGACUUGAGAGGACUUAAGCAACUGGCUAUGAAUUCUCUUAUUUACAGCAGCUUAAAUGAACAGGAUACGAAAGCUGCGCUACUGCUUUGGGAGAAGAAAUGGAACCAUUUCGUGAAGGAUAUGGUUAAAGAACGAUUCUAGGAACCCAAACCGCGAAAUUUUGUUUUUAUAGAAAAUGUGACGACUCGAAGAUUUAUAUCUUCAUGAGUGAUCAUGCAUGGCACAACAACAGCUCGCGAUUAUUUUUGCGUGUACAUAUUGACGCAUGUUACAUACUUCCUCCUCGAUACACCAUUAAGCUCACAUGUAUACUUAAUCACCGCAGGAUGGCCGAUGACAAAACCGGUUCUUAAUACAACUUCUUUUGUUACAGGACAUACAUAACGCGGUUCAUUUAAGUCGUGUAUGAAUCUUUGAAUUGUAUACGAAUAAAAAAACUUUACAAAUGCACUAGGCAGUUUAAGUA